AAUAUCUUUUAUAAGGUUUAUGGAAAAAUACUGCUGUUGCUAUAAAACGUCUGGAGCCACCAAGAGGUAUGACGUCUGCUGAAAGUUAUAAUACUCAAAUGGAGCAAUCAAUGAGAGAAUUAAGAUAUUUAAAUGGUUGUCGACAUGAUAACAUUUUGUCACUUUAUGGAUACAGCAUGGAUGAAGGACGAGAACCCUGCCUCGUGUAUCAAUAUAUGUCUGGAGGUUCAUUAGAACGCAAUUUUCAAAGAGCGCGCCAUAAUUUGCAACCUUCUUUACUUUGGCAACAAAGAAAAAAUAUUGCUCGUGGUACAGCGAGAGGAUUGCAAUUUUUGCAUACUUACAAUCGAGAGAAACCUUUAAUUCAUGGAGAUAUUAAAUCAGCAAACAUUCUACUUGAUCAAUGCAAUGAACCGAGGAUUGGAGAUUUUGGUCUGGCAAGGGAAGGACCGCAUACAGAUUACAUGAAGGUUACAAGAAUCCAAGGUACCAGACCAUAUCUUCCAGACGAAUUUUUGCGCGGAAGAAAAUUAUCGACAAAGGUAGAUACAUAUAGUUUUGGCGUUGUAUUAUUUGAAAUCGCAACUGGUUUAUCAGUAUAUGACGACAAACGAAAAUACAAAUUUCUUAAAGAUCACGUAACAGCAUAUUGUGAAGAAGGGCAGCUAGAUGCUCUCCAAGAUCUUAGAUCUGAAGAUUCAUCUUCACAUGAAGCAAAAAAUAUUUUUGCUGAACUUAUUAAAUUGGGACUAAUAUGUGUGAAUAGAAUUCCAAAUCAACGACCCGAAAUGGUGAAAGUGUUGGAAUUGCUGGAAUAGUGAUAAUAGUGAUUCUUCUACAAAAUUCAUUAUUACCUGCCCUCAACGCAAUGGGCAGCCGUUAAUAUGUAAGAAGGAUUCAAAAUAGAGCCUCCACAUGUGUGG